AGUCUGUUCCGCUCCUUGAUCGAUGCCCUGUGGGAGUCUGUCAGGCUGGUAUCCUAUUACGGACGGAGUUUCAUACCGCGCAGGUCUGGGCGCAAGCGAAGCGCUUUGUAGGGACAAAUUUUUGGCUUGUUUUCAUUUGUCUCGAUGGCCUAAAUAAUUUUCAUGGUCAGUUUUUCACAACUAUUCUGGUUAGUGCUGCGAAAAGAGGCAGAAAUGCAAAAUCCUGCCUGAUGUUUCUUCAACUAAUUUUUUACUUUAACUGACGUUUUGCUUUUUAAUAACACGUUUAAAUGGUGUUGCUAACCCUCUUUGUGGUAUAUUGACAUGGGUAAGAUGUUGGAAUCGAAGAAAACUUAAAUUACUGACUUUUAUAGAGAGGCAAGAGAGGACAUAUUGUUGAUGUUGGUUUUAGGGGUUAGCUUCCUGUUGCAAUUAGCUACAUAUACCAAACAUUUUGUGUUGUGAGGAAUAAAGUAAUGGUUAAAAAGAAACACUUUUCUAUCAUUAUCAGUGCACUUUGGCAAGAAGAAAUAAGAAUUACAGCUAGCUAUAGAAAGACUUAAAGGAAGUUUUUUUUCAGUAAGCUAUAUAGCUAGCUAGCUAUAUAUAGACGAAUUUCCGUGUGACGUCACAUAACCAGUUCCCAAGCCUCUGCGCAAAUCGACAGGCAAAAUGGCAGGCAAGAUAGUAAACAAAUAGGGUAAUUGCUUAUUAAACGAUCGUUUUAAAUCGCUUAAAAAGUAAACAAACCUUUCGAUCGAAACUUGCACUACCAUUAUGAACUCCGUUACUAAGAUUUUAAUGAUAUUCUACAUCGCGGGCUUUUAUUCUCGACCAUUACUUCGGCUUUACAAGCCUACACACCAGGAGUACGCGAGUAAGCAAGUCCUGCAUUGUGUUCGACUAAAUAGCUGCGUUUAAACUGCGACGUUUUUAUAUCCUUGCCUUGGAAAUUUUUGUGGGUAAUUGAUACAGCCCAAAAUAUGUACGCGAGGUAUAAACACAGACCAAGAGUUGUACAGAGUAUAAUGCGACAAAACGAAAGCGGCCGCCUCGUGGUCUUCACUUCCAAUAUGUCGACCGAAUACUUCUCGAAAUUAGUAAGUGAAGAUAAACAGCAUUAUUCAAAAAAACUCACGCUUGCCAACGGAACACUCCUACGCGACCCUUUUUCACUGAAGGGAGAAGAUUGGAGCGACGAUGUAUCAUUGCUACCCGAUGUUACGCAUAUGGAUUUGUAUGUCUAUCUCAUCCAUACACCCAGUGAAUUUACAAAUGAAUCUUUAAAAGCUUAUAAAUCCUUAGAAGCUUACAACUUUUAUCUUUCUGGGCAUGUUCAAGAUGUUUAUUGCCACCUCUUGAAAGACGUUGAAUUUUGCUACAUUAAAACCUCCGUACUACCUAGUCAGAGACAAGGACAAAAGCAAAAACUAUAUGAUGUAUGGAUCAUUUUACACACAAGUGGAUGGGUACUUUCAGCAAAUUGUACCUGCGUUGCUGGCCUUGGCUCGGCAUGCAGUCAUGUUGCUGCCCUUUUGUUCAAACUGGUUGCUUGUGCUACAUUGGAGUUAAACAAAAAAGCUUGCACAAGCAAAUUAUGCUCAUGGAAAAAAUCUAGAAAAAGAGCACACCCUGCACCUCUGAAGCACAUAAACUUCAAAAGACCAAAAAAAAGCGAAGUCCUGCCUACUAUAGACGAACCUUUUGAAGGUGAAUUGAAAGGAUUCACAUCAGUGGAUCCCUUGAAAUUCGUAACAGAAGAGGAAAAACAACAGUGGAUUUCACUCAGUCAAAUUGCUCCAGAUGCAGUUGUACUUAAAAAUAUAAGUCUGGAUUUAGGUGAAACAACACACCAUGAUGAUAGCGAAACAGAAACUGCGGAUGAAAAUGAAAAAAACAUUCUUCCUGAACCAUUGACAUACAUAUACGACUCCGCUGCCAUAAAUAAAAAUGAAAUAGAAAUAAAUAACAUUGCUCAAAAAAAUUACAAUCAAUACAAAUCCUCGUGCUUUGAUAUACAGUUUGAAAACUUGAAAAAAUUCACAGAAGCUCAAAGCCUUAGCGACAAAUGGAUGCUACAUCGAGCUGGGCGAAUAACAGCUUCAGUUUCAAAACUUGCCUUCACUUCAGAUUUGAAAAAAACAAAAACGUUAAUUGAGACCAUCAUGCAAUAUAAAGAGCCUGUUGACGUUGUUGCAACAAGAUAUGGGAAAAGAAUGGAGAAUAGAGCUCGUUCAGUAUAUGAACAACAUGUCAAACAACACCAUGUUGAUCUCCAAGUUGUCACAACUGGACUUCAUAUUGAUCCAAACUUUCCAUAUCUUGCAGCAAGCCCUGAUGGAUUAGUGAAGUGCAAAUGUCAUGGUCAGAGUUUAGUUGAGAUCAAAUGCCCAUUUAAAUAUAAAAAAAGUUUGAAGCUAUGGAGAAACGAUAAAAAUUGUCCCAUUGAUAAAGCUGGGAAAUUCAAAAAAAAUCAUGCUUAUUACUUCCAAGUACAACAUCAAAUGUUAGUAACUAAAAUGAAUUAUUGUGACUUCUUUGUUUUUUCACAAGGAAAGCAAGAAAAUGAUACUUUUCUGAUCAGGGUUACAAAAAAUGAACCAUUUUGUCGGAAACUUCGUGAAAAACUGGCCAUUGUAUUCGAAAAGGUUUUGUUACCAGAGCUUGUCACUCGGAAAAGUGAUCCCAAGUUACUAAAUGAAGAAAAGGUGUAUUGCAUAUGCAGAAGACCAUCCUUCCCACCUAUGAUUGGUUGUGACAAUUUAGGCUCAUGUGACAUAGAAUGGUUCCAUUAUUCUUGUGUGAAGAUAACAAGAGCACCGAAAACUUGGCUAUGUUCUACCUGUCAGAAUAAUAUUAAAAAAAAAUAGUGUGUCACAUUAUAUCAAAGUAAUAUAUGUAAUAUAAUAUAACAAUAUGUUAGUUGUGUGCGAAGUAUCAAAUUCUCUGUAAUAAUAUAUGUUAUAUAAUGCCUUUGUUCAAGUUCACCAAAGCACAUAUAACGAUAAACACAUCGUCCAAUAAAUCUACUUGAGUGAUAGGUAUGGUUGUGUUCAAAAUUUUAAACUUUCUCAAACGUCCAAUAACUCUCUCAAUGUGGAUUCGAACAUUGGCUAUUUUUCGAGAUCGAUCUACAUCCAUUGCUGACAUUUGUUCCUUCCCUCUGGUAAAUUCAGGUAUUUUUAAUACCACGCCUCGUGUUGCCAACUCUUGCUCGAUAAGGAAUCCUCGAUCAGCCAAAACAAGAUCUCCAUUUUCGACUAAAUCCAAAAAACCACUUUUUAUUGUUAUUUCCUUAUCAGAGACUCUACCUCCCCAUCCUUCUGAUAGGAAACUAACACU